UAUUUCGUCUGGUGAUUCACUUACUCGCUCUCUGUGUUUGACCAACUCAACGCUCUCUUUCUCCUCCUUUCCUCUCUUUUUCAUUUUUGUUUAUUAAAAUGAAUAUUCCCCCAACCCCCAUUUCCAAAUCCAUCAUCGACCGUCUUCCUCCCUUCGAAUCGCUUUCUUAGUUUAAGCUUAAGCGCCAUCAUGGGUCUGUGUUUCUCGGACAUUAGAGUCACUGGUACCACCAGCAGCAGCAGCAGAAGAAGUAGUAGUCAGACCAACAACAACAACAACAAGAAGAACCCUAAGUCUAAUAAGACUCCUCCUCCUCCUCCGGAGAACAACAACGACAAGCCCUCUACAACCACCACCAAGCGGAGAACCGGCUCCGUCCCUUGCGGGAAGCGUACCGAGUUUGGAUACGCCAAAGACUUCCACGACCAGUAUAGCAUCGGGAAGUUGCUGGGUCACGGUCAAUUCGGGUAUACUUACGUUGCCAUCCACAAAUCUAACGGCGAUCGUGUCGCCGUCAAAAGGCUCGAUAAGAGCAAGAUGGUUCUUCCUGUUGCGGUUGAGGACGUCAAGCGAGAGGUUCAGAUUCUUAAAGCUCUCUCUGGCCACGAGAACGUUGUCCAGUUUUACAAUGCCUUUGAUGAUGACGACUACGUCUACAUUGUCAUGGAGUUGUGCGAGGGAGGCGAAUUGCUGGACCGGAUUUUAUCCAAGAAAGAUAGCCGUUACUCUGAGAAGGAUGCAGCUGUUGUCGUCAGGCAGAUGCUCAAAGUCGCUGGAGAGUGCCAUCUACACGGUCUUGUUCAUAGAGAUAUGAAACCUGAGAAUUUUUUGUUCAAAUCAGCUAAACUGGAUUCGCCUCUAAAGGCUACAGAUUUUGGUUUAUCCGAUUUUAUUAAACCAGGGAAAAAGUUCCAUGACAUUGUUGGUAGCGCCUAUUAUGUUGCUCCCGAAGUACUUAAGCGCAGAUCAGGCCCUGAAUCUGAUGUCUGGAGCAUUGGUGUUAUUACCUAUAUUUUGCUCUGUGGAAGACGCCCUUUUUGGGAUAGGACAGAGGACGGUAUAUUUAAAGAGGUCUUAAGGAACAAACCUGACUUCCGUCGCAAACCAUGGUCAACUAUAAGUGACAGUGCCAAAGAUUUUAUUAAAAAGUUACUUGUUAAAGACCCACGAGCACGGCUAACUGCUGCACAAGCCCUGUCACAUGCGUGGGUUAGAGAAGGAGGGAAUGCCACUGACAUCCCUGUGGACAUUUCUGUUCUGAACAACUUACGUCAGUUUGUUAGAUACAGCCGUCUGAAGCAGUUUGCUUUACGGGCGCUUGCUAGCACACUUGACGAGGCAGAGAUAUCUGACCUCAGAGAUCAGUUUGAUGCAAUUGAUGUGGAUAAAAACGGCGUCAUUAGUCUUGAGGAGAUGAGACAGGCACUUGCCAAAGAUCUUCCUUGGAAACUGAAGGAAUCACGAGUUGCCGAGAUACUUGAAGCGAUUGAUAGCAACACUGAUGGGUUAGUGGACUUCACAGAGUUUGUAGCAGCAGCUCUACAUGUUCAUCAGCUGGAAGAACAUGACUCAGAGAAAUGGCAGCUAAGAUCAAGAGCAGCUUUUGAGAAAUUCGACAUUGACAAAGACGGGUACAUAACCCCUGAGGAGCUUCGAUUGCACACGGGGUUAAGAGGGUCAAUAGACCCACUUCUGGAUGAAGCAGACAUAGACAGAGACGGGAAAAUAAGCCUGCAUGAGUUCAGGAGACUUCUAAGAACAGCGAGCAUAAGUUCCCCGAGAGUUCCAAGCACUGCAGGCCACAGGAUUCCUCGGUAGUUUUAAAUGGUGUAUAUACUAGAAGAGGACAAUAAGUGGAGACAGGGCAAUGUGAUUAUAUAUAUAUGUAAUGUUGUUUGUAAGAUAAGUGGGGGUUUUGGGCUAUUGUAGUGAUAAGUAACUAGUUUGGUUGUGUGAGGCAGCCAAACCAAAGAAACAGUGUGAGUGGUUUUGGUCACCAGGUUAAAGAGGAUAUGGGAUAGGUACAUGCCCAUUCCCUGACUCGACCAGAGCACCGAAGAAAGAUAGAUCCCAGCUGUAAUUUGAACAUCUCGUAUGUUUUGUUCCCUUUUUCCAAUUCUUCUGUUA